CUUAAAGCAAGAAGGUCCAUUGUCGCCCUGAGACACGGCAUUUCGCAGGCUCGGAAUGUUUUGAUGGAGAGCUAGCUAGCCAUCUUCCUCCGUGCAGGCGGGCCGCUUCAACGGUCUGGAGAUAAAUCUGGGCCAAGAUGUCUAUGACCAGAAUUUGUGUCAAGAACCUGCCCAAGUAUCUCACGGAGGAGCGCUUCCGCGAGCACUUUGCGGCCAAGGGGGAGGUGACCGACGCUCGGAUCGUGCGGACAAGCGAUGGCUACUCCAGGCAGUUUGGGUUCAUCGGGUACAAGACUGAGGACGAAGCGUUUGAGGCGUCCAAGUAUUUCAACCGCUCCUUCAUUGACACUUGUCGCCUCCAGGUCGAGAUUGCGCGCCCGAUUGGUGAUUCUGGCAUCCCCCGCCCCUGGAGCCGUCACUCCCAGGGCAGCACCGCCUUUGUGAAGUCCCACCCAGAAGCCGCGGAGCCAACUCAAGAGGGGGGGGCAAAGGGCAGGAAAAAGGGGCCCCCUAAGGAGGGAGAGGACGAGGAAAAUGACCCGGCACUGAAAGAGUUUUUGGAGGUUAUGCAACCGCGAAGGAAGACGAAGCUGUGGGCGAAUGACACGGCGGUAGGGACGACGGAAGUGCAAAAGGGGAAGUCGGUGGAGUCGAAAGCUGCGAAGGGAGAGAAUGGGGGAAAGAAAGGAAGGCGGGAUGAGCCUGGGGAGGAUGCUUUUGAGAGCGACAGUGGAGACGAGAGCGAUCUGUAUGAGGAUGCGCCGGGGCUGGCUUCAGAAAGGGGUGGAAGGAAGGGGGCAGAAGCUAGUGAUGAGGGGUCUGAUUCUGAAGCAGACGAGGGGGGGCCCAGUAAGGAAGUCGACGCACUGAAUGAUAGUGACUAUCUGAAGAGCAGGGUCAAGGCUGAUUGGAGUGACGAGUCAGAUGUGGAAGAAGGAAAUGGUUCAGAUGAAGGAAGCGGUUCUGAACCCGAAACCGAUUCAGACGAGGAAGAUGCAGAUAAAGAUCGCAGGAAACGGAGUCAAGGCGCGGGUUCGUCGGGCGAGAAAGCACGCGCAGCGGGGCAUGUGGGAACUCUGUCUAAGGACGGCGAGUCCGAUUCAGACGGGGACGAAGAAACGGAAACGGCCGCAAAUGGGGGGGACGAAACGCUGCCUGGGCCACCCCCCGGGGCGCCCCCCAGGGCCCCCACCCAAGUGGACGCAGAACAAGAAGAGGGGGUGUCCGAAACGGGGCGGUUGUUCGUCCGAAACUUGGCGUACACUGCAACCGAAGACGAUCUUACGGAGCUGUUCAAGCAGUAUGGGGAGCUGAGCGAGGUGCAUUUGGUGGUUGAUAAGGAGACGAAGAAGUCCAAGGGGUUCGCUUAUGUGCUGUAUAUGCUGCCGGAGGACGCGGUGGCGGCAAUGGAAAGCCUGGACCGCUCAAUCUUCCAGGGGCGUCUUCUGCACAUUCUGCCCGCCCGCCGGCCCCCCUCCCUCCCCGACAGCCAAAACGAACCCCCCAAACUGGGACCGGGCAAGAGCAAGGUGCAAGCGGAGAGGGAGGAGCAGAAGAAAGCAAACGAGGCGGCUGGAGACACCAGGGCCUGGAACAGCCUCUUCAUGAAUGCGAAUACGGUGGCGGAGGGCAUCGCUCAGCGCUACGGCGUUUCCAAGAGCGAGCUGCUGAGCCCCGAGGCGGGCGACCUGGCCGUCCGAAUGGCGCUCGGAGAAACGCACAUCAUUGCGGAGACGAAGAAAGCGCUUGAAGAGCAGGGGGUCGAUGUGGGGGUGCUGGAAAGGAUGGCCACGGCUAAAGGCGAGGCCGCCCCCAAGCGCAGCGCCCACGUGCUCCUCGUCAAGAACCUGCCCUUCUCCACGACGGACGAGGAGAUCGAGCAGCUUUUUGAGCGCUUUGGGAGCCUCGGGCGGGUCGUUUUACCGCCCACCAAAACUGUGGCGCUCGUCGAGUUCCUGGAAGCUGCAGAGGGGAGAAAGGCUUUUAAGGGGCUGGCAUACAAGCGCUUCAAGCACGUGCCCUUGUAUCUAGAGUGGGCGCCUGAGGGAAUCCUGUCAGGAGACAGCGGCGCAGCACGAGACGCGGCUGAGAAGCGGAAGGGAAAAACGGACGGUCCGAGAGCGGUCAAUGGAGGGACAAAGGUUGGGGCGGAGAAAGCGGAGGUGGCAAAGGUUUUGCCAGAGGACGAGGAGGCGAUGGACGAGCAGACCCACUCGGUAUUCGUCAAGAAUUUGGCUUUCAGCACCACGGAAGCGGCGCUCAAGAAGCACUUCUCCAAGGCGGACGGCCUGCGCAGCGUCCUGGUGAAAAUGCGCCCGGCCAAGAACGGCAAGGCGCUCUCCAUGGGCUUCGGCUUUGCGGAGUUCGCUUCGGCGGAGGCGGCGCGGAAAGCGAUCCAGGAAAUGCAGGGGUCGCUGCUAGAUGGUCACGCGCUGGUCUUGCAGCUAAGCCACAAGAAAGCUGGUGUCAAGGAGGGGGCCGACAAGAAAGAAUCCAAGAAGACGAAGGCGAGCUCGACAAAGAUUAUCGUACGGAAUGUGGCGUUCGAGGCGACCAAGAAGGACGUGCGGCAGCUGUUCAGCCCGUUCGGCCAGAUCAAGAGCCUGCGCCUGCCCAAAAAGUUCGACGGCAGCCACCGCGGUUUUGCCUUCGUCGAAUUCGUGACCAAGCAAGAGGCGCAGAAUGCGUUCGAUGCGGUGCGGGAUACGCAUCUGUACGGGCGCCAUCUGGUAUUGGAGCAAGCCAAGGAAGGGGAGGGCCUCGAAGAGCUGCGAGCGCGCACUGCCGCCCAGUUCAGGGACGGGAGCGACCAGGGGCGCCCGUCAAAGAAGAUCAAAUUGUCGGA